AUGCCUGUUGGCUAUCCUUUUUUCCGGGUUUUCAGCUCGGCUUUCCCGGGAACUACGCUACUCUCAGCUCCCGCCCCUGGGCGGUCAAGAAGCGCGGGCCUGGCGGAGCGCGGAGGGGCGCGGAAGCCGCGAGGCCAGGGGGACCGACGGGUUCCCCGGCGCCUCGCCCUUCGGUCGGGCCGCGAGCCGCGCCAGCCAGUACUCCCGGCCGAGCCCGGCCAGCUCCCCUCUCAGCGUCCUCCCAGCCGGAGCGGGGCCAGCGGGCAUGACCGAUCCACCAGGAGCACCGCCGCCGGCGCUUGCAGGCCGCGAGUAAAGAAAAAAGUACGUCCCCGCGCGACCCGGAGCGAAGAGAUGGCGCGGAGCGAGGAUAAUGCGGCGGCUGGGGUCAACGUGACCGUCACCCACAGCAAUGAAAAGCAUGACCUUCAUGUUACCCCACAGCAGGGCUGCAGUGAACCGGUUGUCCAAGACCUGGCCCAGGUUGUCGAAGAGACCACAGGGGUUCCACUGCCUUUUCAGAAACUCAUAUUUAAGGGAAAAUCUCUGAAGGAAAUGGAGCAGCCAUUGUCAGCACUUGGAAUACAAAAUGGUUGCAGGGUCAUGUUGAUUGGGAAAAAGAACAGUCCAGAGGAAGAGGCUGAAUUAAAGAAAUUGAAAGAUUUGGAGGAGUCUGUGGAGAAGAUAGCUAACCAACUGGAAGGGCUGAAUAAAGAACUCACUGGAAUCCAGCAGGGUUUUCUGGCCAAGGAUUUGCAAGCUGAAGCUCUUGCCAAACUUGAUAGGCGAGUAAAAGCAACAAUCGAGCAGUUUAUGAAGAUCUUGGAAGAGAUUGACACACUGGUUCUGCCGGAAAAUUUCAAAGACAGUAGACUGAAAAGGAAGGGAUUGGUGCAAAAGGUUCAGGCAUUCCUAGCUGAGUGUGACACAGUGGAGCAGAGCAUCUGCCAAGAGACAGAACAGCUUCAGUCUACAAACUUGGCCCUGGCUGAGUGAGGUGAGGAAGCGGGUAGGGGCUGUGCUGCCCUGAAGAAUAGCAACACCAGCUUGGUCCACUCUGGAAUAGAAGUUGCCUGAUUUCUCCAGGGCUGCUGGGGACAAAGACCAAUUGCCAACGUCCUGCUCUGAACACCUGUUCUCAAUGAAAAAUUAUUGUCUUUGCAAAUUUAAGUAGAGCGCCUGUUUUUUCUUUUUCUGUCUUUAUGUGGCUGUGCUCUCCAGCUGUCCAUCUUGUCUGGAGAGGGCUUCUUCUGCCCGAGUUUUCCCAGCUCUUUUGACUUUGAGUACUUUCUUUGGGCUAGUAAGAACUCUUGUCCUGGGUUAUUUCUGGGUUUAUAGGCCACCCUGAUCUUUAGAUACAUCAGGGUUUUUUUGCCCUUGUGAUCCUAUAGUCCACAGAUGUCAAACCAGAAUCACUAAGAGGCUGUGUUGAGUCAGGAAUGUUGGGAAUGGCUUGGAACAGGUGUUCAUCCCACAUGUAGUUCAUGUUUUCCAAUCAGCUCUUCAGGUUGUUGGUUCAUAGACCCUGUUUCAUCCUUCAUUGACCCUGCUCAGCCACAAGCCAUGAGAUCUCAGGGGGCAUUCCUGGGGUGGGGCCUGUGGUUGAUGUAGGGACUUCUUUGGACUCCCUACCAAAUCUCCAGAAGACUACAACCCAGAUUGAUUAUCUGCUUGAAACCAGGCCAGAACCAUGGCUUAGGAUGAGCAGAGAUUGGAGCCAGAACAGAGAGAGCAGGAAGGUGGUGAAGCCAGCCAUGAACUUCCCAAGAGUGACGUGUGCUUCAUUCAAGGACACAGGGACGUUUCUGCUAACUGUACCCUUCUGGGAUCUGUAUUUCCUUCAAAGUUGUUCCUGUCCUGUUUUGUGACCCUUUUCCCCUCAUUGUUAUUAAAAAACAGGUUUAGCAUCCAUCAGCAAGCAGAAGUGUUUAACUUUUUUUUUAGUUGGUGAGGUAUGAUCAGGAAAAGCUUUUUCUGGUUCUAGUUGUAAUUUAUUUAAUAAAGUCCUGAGUAGCUUGGA